AUGACGUAUUUCGUUUAUCUCCCUCUAUUAUUUUUCAUUUCUUGCGUAGGUGCUGGCGAUGUGUCAAUUGCUGUAUGCAACAAACCACUUCCGCCACCAGCACCGCCUCAGGUACCUCGAGUUGCAGCACCUGCUCAAGAAGUUCAGUAUCGCCCAACUGUCGAUCCAAACCUGUGUUUCGACCUGGAUCCAGCGUGUUCAGAAGUAUUUAAUUUAGAACAGCCACAGCAGACAAUUCCAGACCAACGUAAUCCGUAA